AUGGGAUCCUGCAACAACGCUCCAGCGCAAACGCGCACGUCUGCCCAAUCAUCACCACUCGCCUCCUCGCCACCCCUUUCUCCUGCCCAGUCCAAUGCCCCGGCAGCCAUAACUCGUCCUCCCUUCCAGCGCAACGGCGGCCAUGCCGGGAGCCCAGGAGGGAGCCAGGGUAGCUUCCCGCUCUCCUCAUCGACAGGUUCGAGCACGGCCGCACCGGAUGUGCCCAAUCCGACAAUCCAUGUCACCUCGAUGGGCUCGCGCACCAGUGCACCGCCUGGAACCCCGAUAGUUCCCGCUCCUCUCGCCGUCAUUCGCAAGCACAGCACCAUCCGAGGCUGUUAUGGUGUCUCCCUCGAGACAUCUGACGCGCAGCGCGGGCCCGAACCUGACGUUCGCCUCGAGACGCGGGACAGCCCGAUCGACGCCACACUUUACCUCUAUGGUGUGCGCGGCGGCCGAAACAUCGAGGUAGCGCGCAAGGCACGUCUCGACAUUCGCACAGCGAGCACAGUGCGCCUCCGUAUCCAGCGCGAUGAGAACGUCAGCGUCGACGCGAGCGUCGCGACGACGAAGAGUGAGUCCAAAGCCGGCGGAACCGGCGGCGAGGACUUCGUCCCCAUGCCGUAUCUCCACAGCAAGUGUCCUGGCGUGUGGAGGUCGCGCCCAGCUUUCACAAGGUUUCUGUCAGCUGACGCCACAGGUCGUAUCCACCUCUGGCUCCCGAACGACUUUGACGGUCUUCUCACCGUGCACUCGAGGAAACACACGUUGUCGCCCUGUAUCAAGGACAUUGCCAUCGCGCACGACAUUCCCGGUCAGACAAGCCAGACCUGGGCCAUAUGCCUCAAGAAGGACACAACCGAUCCCGUCCUCUACCGUACUGCUAGCAACUCGAUCCCCGCCGAGGCGGGCGGACAAGUUGGGCGCGAACGUCGCCCGAGCGCGACGGCGAGUGACGCCAUCCCGCCCCAGCCCCACCAGAGACAGCCCGGACCCGACCGUGUUUUCGCUCACGCCCACUCGAGUGUGCGUGUGUAUGCCCACAUCGACGAGGAGGAGGGGAGCAAAUGUGUCGUCAUGUAG